AUGCGACGGCGCGCGUGGACGCUCGCGGUGUGCGUGCUCGCCCUCGUCCUCGCCGCCGACGCGUUCGACGACGCGUGGCUGGACGAGACGGAAGAUGAUGUCGACGAGCCGCGGGCGUUGGACGAACAGUUUGAAUUCGAACGCGACGCGCGCGUCGACGCCGACGAACGCGACGUCGUGCACGGAUGGGGACGUGAUGACGACGCGUUCGAUGCGUUCGAUGCGGACGAGGACGCGCUCGAGGCGUCGGCGGAGACGACGGAGGAGGGGAUGAUGAUUUCGACGACGGAGACGGAGGAGGCGGAGACGGAGGACGCGGACGAAGACGCGAACGACGCGCGCGUAGACGCGAUGGAGGUCGUCGAGGAGAGGGAGACGGACGUGGAGAUGACGAUGGACGUCGAGCGAUCGUUACUGGAUGAAACGACGGCGGAGGUGAGCGAGGGGGAGGCGCGCGAAGACGCCGCGCUGGACGUCGUCCCGGAGGCGGACGCGGAGGACGUCGAUGGAUGGACCGCACCGUCGCCAGCACCGACGUCGAUCGUUCCGGAUCCGGUUGAAGUGGACGCGAGCGCGGCGGAGACGCCCGUGGACGAGAACGAUGCCGCGGUUGACGCGGGCGCGGCGGAAGAGGAGACCGCCGCGGCGGUUGAAGUCGUCGAAGAUGUUGUCGAGGACGUGUACGAGGACGAUGCCGCGGUCGACGCGGGCGCGGCGGAACAGGAGACCGCGGUGGCGAUUGAAGUUGUCGAAGACGUUUCCGAGGAUGAGGACGAAGCCGCGGCUUCUUCAGCGUUCAACCUCGGUGGGUUCUUCUCUCGAUUUGGAGCUAAGAAAGUGUCGUCGAGCGCUGAGGAUAUGGUCGAAGAGGAGGCCCCUGAGGAUGAGAUCGAGGUCGUCCAGAUAGCUGCCUCCGUUCCGGAGCCCGUCGCCGAGCCCGUACCCGAACCGAUGCCCGAGCCUGAGGCCGAGCCCAAACCGGCGGUCGUUAUCGACCCCGACCCCGUGGCCGAGCCCAAACCGGUGGUCAUUAUCGACCCCGACCCCGUGCCCGACCCCUUGGCCGGGCCCAAACCGGUGGCUGUAGAAGUCACAAACGAUCCCGAACCCGUCCCCGCGACGGUCGAGGAAUCGGAUGAAGACGAAAAUAACGACCGCCGACGCCUGCUCUCGCAGCAGCCAGCGCCGCAACAGCAAUACGUCGAACCGCCGCCGCCGAAACCAGAGAUUGUCUACGUCGGAGGUUACUACAGGCGAAGCAACCCGUGGGCGAAGGGUCCGAGGGUGAAGUCCGUGGACUAG